GGUAAGCACAUGGUGACGGCGCAUGAACGUUAUCUCUGGUCGUCUAACGUUAACGGGGUUUACGAGUUAUAGCGAAAAAAACGCAACGAUCGUCUGUCUGCUCACGAAAUACAAAUACGAAUCUCGGAUUACAUAUCGCUCCUAACCCCUGCCCAAGUGGUUGGCUAAGAGAUCAGAUAUCGUGUUUUUUUUCUUUCAGUUUUGUUCAGAUUUUUUUUUUGGCCUCUGAUUUAAAUUUACAAUUUUUACGCUUGUUCAUGUGUUUUUUCUCUACUCACUUUGAAAAUAGUUCGGUUGCAAAAACGUAGAGAAAAUGUUGCCGAAUAUGAAAAGACUUUUUUGGGGAUUUUGUUUGUGCCUGCUGUUAAGUGCUGCCGUUGUUCAUGCCAAACCCUCACAGGAUACUGAGGAAAAGGUGGAGAAUAAAGCUGUAAAAAAGAAUGAUGAAUUUCCCGAGGAAGACAGUGACAUGCUAAUGGAGCCAAAUGAUUUUGCACCCAUCAGCAUAUUGCGUUCACACGAAAGGCAAUAUCAUGAGCCGCCAACGCAACAAUUUCGUCCCAUUCAAAGUUCUCGUUACAAUGCCAGAGCCGAUGUACCAGUACCAGUACCAAUACAACGAGUAAAUCCAGCCGAUUCUCAUAGCCAGGCAGCACAGAACUACUAUCCUCCGUUCUUUAGGGAGGCACCUCCACUGGGUCAUUCACGUCCCUAUUUCUCACUUCCUGAUGCUUCGGGAUCAGCAAAAUAUGCCGAAACUCAUCCAGAAGGUAAUCUGGGUCCUGGUUUGCCAGCAAACCAAAGACAAGGUGGGUAUGAUGCCUCAAUUUUGGGUUCUGGGGAUUUUGGAGUUAUACGCGGUGGUACCUUCUAUCCGGAAGAGGAAAUGCCCUUCCAUCAGGAAGACACCAUAGAUUUUGUGCAAAAGUACACCUAUCCUGAGGAACAGUUUGCCCAUUUCCGAGACUUUGCUGACAUCAAUGUGCCCGUGGACACUGCCUUCUCCCACUUUGUGGUGGUCUAUCAGGCCAAGAACUCAACGAAACCCAGCCAUCAUCCACAUCCAAAGAACAUAUUCGAGCAAUUGGAGUUGUUGGACAAAGAGAAGGCAGCCGAGGAGAAGAAACUGAAGAAAUCGAAACAUUCCAGCAAAUCGAAGACGAAACUAAACAAAACAAAAUUGCAACAGAAGAAAUACAAAAAGAAAUCAAGCCAAAAAGAAAUCGAAGAAGAACCAUUGCUGGCUUUAAGUUAAGAGAAGAGUAGGGGAGGCAUUACAAGCGAUGAAAUUAAAGACAUUAUUUUUUAAAUUUUAUUUAUUACUUUUAAUGAAAAUUUCACUACCAGCGCAUUUCGGAAGUUUUUCCUAUUACUUUGUUUGAAUUGCAAAACACCAGCAUGAAUUGCAAUGAAACGUUUUGAAUUUUCAGCAAUGCUGAAAAUGAGUUUUUCUUUCUGGAAAUUUAUUUUUUUUCCAAUUUUUAGUGAAAAAAAAACAACACUCUAUUGUGGUACAUGGUGCCAAAUUGCUUGCGUCUUUAACAAAAUCAACUGUCUCUUUCGAUACACUGUUUCAUCAUAAAAUAUAAAAUCAUGUUUUUUUUUUUGGCAAAUUGCAGUAUAAACUUUAAGUUCAAUGUACAAACUGAUAUAAACACAUAUACACCCACACACACACACAUAUCCAUUACUGCAUACUCUAUGAGCAUUAUAGAAGCAUGCAUGCUGUAAACCCACAGUUCUUCAUACUCAUCCCAUUUUGCUGCAGUUGUCAUCUAAUAAUCUCAUAUAUUCCCCUUCCUCUUCGUUUUGUUGCUACUCCUUUUGUAGAAUUUUCUUAUAAGCUAAGUUGGUAAAUUAAGUGAAAUGAGCCUUAUGUACCUUACUAGCAGUUAACACAAAUUUUCCCAUCACUUCACCUGAACAUUCCUAAUCAGCUUACAUAUUCACCAACUAAAUAUUUUGGUCAUUUAGAGUCAACGUCAUAGCACAGAAUUUAAUAUAAACAGACAUUUUUGCAAGUUCGCGUUGCUUAGCAUAAACAAUAAACAAAAGACUUAAGAAACGAACUUUGUUUCAGAAUUUUCAAUACAUCGAAGAAUGCUUGCAAUUAAAAAUUUCCCAACAUAAUGGGGGUCAUUGUAGCGCAGAUGUUAGCAUGUCCGCCUAUGACGCUGAAUGCCUGGGUUCGAAUCCUGGCGAGAACAUGAGAAAAAAUGUUCAGUGGUGGUUAUCCCCUUCUCUGCGGGCAGCAUUUGUGAGGUACUAUGCCUUGUAAAAACUUCUCUCCAAAGAGUGGUCAUUCAGAGUCAACAUCAUAGCACAGAAUUUCAUAUAAACAGACCUUUUUGCAAGUUCGCGUUGCUUAGCAUAAACAAUAAACAAAAGACUUAAGAAACGAACUUUGUUUCAGAAUUUUCAAUACAUCGAAGAUGCAAUUAAAAAUUACCCAAAUUAGGGGGCCAUUGCAGUGAAGAGGUUAGCAUGUCCGCCUAUGAGGCUGAAUGCCUGGGUUCGAAUCCUGGCGAGAACAUGAGAAAAAAUGUUCAGCGGUGGUUAUUCCCUCCUCAGCGGGCAGCAUUUGUGAGGUACUAGCCAUGUAAAAUCUACUCUCCAAAGAGUCAACUCACUUAGAGUCAACGUCAUGGCACAGAAUUUCAUAUAAACAGACCUUUUUGCAAGUUCGCGUUGCUUAGCAUAAACAAUAAACAAAAGACUUAAGAAAAGAACUUUGUUUCAGAAUUUUCCAUAUAUUAAAGAAUGCUUGCAAUUAAAAAUUACCCAAAUUAAGGGGCCCGUUGCAGUGCAGAGGUUAGCAUGUGCGCCUAUGACGCUGAAUGCCUGGGUUCGAAUCCUGGCGAGAACAUGAGAAGAAAUUUUCAGCGGUGGUUAUUCCCUCCUCAGUUGGGGAA